AUGAGGGCUAAAAGGGUUAAUGAAUUCCUAAUGGGCAUUAAGGUUGACAUGUCAAAUGCGUUUGACAGGGUCGAGUGGAAUUUUAUGUUAGAUGUCAUGAGAAAAUUUAAUUUUUGUGAGGAGUGGUGCAACCUGGUAAACCAGUGCUUAAGCACUGUCUCUUCUUCAGUGUUGGUUAAUGGUGUAACGGGGUACCAAUUUGUCCCUUUUAGAGGCCUUCGGCAAAGCGAUCCUCUAUCGCCUUACCUCUUUAUAUUGUGUUUGGAAGUGUUUUCUAGAGUUAUAUCCAAUGUUGAGGAUUCUAAUGUUAUUCAUGGGAUAAAGAUGGGGUUUAAUGCUCUAUCAAUAUCCCAUCUUCUUUUUGCGGAUGACCUUCUAGUCUUUUCUUCUACCAACUUUCUAGAAGGCGAGAACAUUUUGAAACUCUUUACUAAUUUUAGUAAUGCAUCCGGGCAGUUAAUAACUUUUGAAAAGUCGGGGAUAUUUUUUAGUACCAACUCUCACCAAGUCACUAUUGAUAGAGUCAGCAAUACUUUGGGAGUUCGUACAAUAGCCCUGAAUGAUAAAUACUUAGGUUCACCCUUGUUCACUCACACUUCUAAAGUGAAUUCUUUUCAAAAUGUGAUUUUCAAAGAUGCGAUGUUGGCUAAGGUUACUUGGAGACUAGUAAAAUUCUCUAAUACUUUGUUGGCGCAAGUAAUGAAGCACAAGUACUAUUCCUAUCAUAGCUUGCUCAACAGUGAGAUACAGUGUCCUGCGACAGCAUCAUGGGGGUGGAAGAAUAUAAACAAACAAAUGCCGAAAGUUCGAAACAACUCAGUUUGGGUGGUGGGAAAUGGUAAAAUGAUCAGAAUUUGGGAGGACUUAUGGUGUGCUGAAGUGGAAGAGGGGAAAAGGAACAUCACUAAGUUGCAAUUCUGCUUCCAAACUGAAAUGGCGGAAAUGGUUAGUAUAAUAAGCAUCAGUAAGGAUAGAGAGGAUCAACUGGUUUGGAAGUUGGAGACUAAGGGAAAGUUCACCACUAAAUCCCUUUAUAACCAAAUUGUUACAACAGGUCAACAAGUGCAACAACAUGAAAGAGAAACCUUGAGAACGGUCUGGAGUUUGAACACAAUGCAGGAUAAAAACGUUUCUAUGGAAAUGUCUCCACGAGAUCCUGUCGCUCAAUGA